UUAGAUUUAGCCUCAAGCAGUAGUAUAAACAAUAACCGAAGCUCAGCAAAGCAAAUCCAAAGCGAAGAAAAGGUGUGUUUGUGCUCUGAAUUCUGCAAUGGCGGGCGUUAUAGGAUUCGUGGGGUUGGACCAACUGAGCUUGGACAUGGCUGCUUUGCUUCUUCGCGCUGGCUACAAAGUCCAAGCUUUUGAGGUCCAAAAUCUUUUGAUGAAUGAAUUUUUGAAGUUAGGGGGAACUGAAUGCUUGAGCCUUAGGGAGGCAGCGAAAGGUGUUUUGGCUUUAAUUGUCUUAAUAUCUCAUGGGGAUCAAAUACAUGAUGUAAUUUUGGGUCAUGAUGGUGCUUUAGAAGGGUUACAGAAAGAUGCAGUCAUUAUUCUUUAUUCGACCAUAUUGCCGUCACACAUCCAGACUUUGGAGAAGAAUCUCAAAGAGAAUGGUCUGGCAACUUCAAUAGUGGAUGCAUAUGUCUAUAAGGCAACAUCUGAGAACUUAAAUGGAAAAGUUGUGGUUGUAUCCUCAGGAAUGUCUGAUGCCAUUUCCAAGGCUUACCCUAUUCUCUCUGCAAUGUCCAAAAAGCUUUACAUUUGUAAAGGUGAAAUUGGAGCUGGAAGCAAAAUUAAAUUGGUCACUGAGCUGCUUGAGGGCAUUCAUCUUAUUGCUGCUGUAGAAGCUAUAUCUCUUGGUGUUAAAGCUGGGAUCCAUCCAUGGAUAAUCUAUGACAUCAUUUCAAAUGCUGCUGGAAAUUCUUGGGUUUUCAAGAAUUUUAUACCACAGCUGCUCAGUGGCAAUGUCAAAUAUCAUUUCUUGAAUCCUUUCACUCAGAAAUUGGGUAUUGUUUUGGAUAUGGCCAAAUCGCUUACUUUUCCUCUCCCACUUUUGGCAAGUGCUCAUCAGCAACUGGUUCUUGGAUCUUCACUUGGUGCUGGAGAUGAUAAUACCCCAUUGGUUCAGGUUUGGGACCAAGUAUUUGGAGUGAACACUGUAGAUGCUGCCAAUGCUGAACGCUAUAACCCAGAGGAACUUGCAACUCAAAUUACUUCCCAAUCAAAAACUGUCAAACGAGUUGGUUUUAUUGGUCUUGGAGCAAUGGGAUUUGGCAUGGCAACUCACCUUGUGAAGUCAAAUUUCUGUGUUAUUGGUUAUGAUGUGUACAAACCUACACUAACUCGAUUUGAAAGUGCUGGCGGUCUGAUUGGAAGCUCUCCGGCAGAUAUAUCUAAAGAUGUUGAUGUGCUUGUAGUCAUGGUCACCAAUGAAGCUCAAGCAGAUAGUGUUUUAUUUGGGGACUUGGGUGCAGUUUCAGCCCUUCCAUCUGGAGCAUCUAUAAUUCUUUCUUCCACGGUAUCUCCUGCAUUUUUGAACCAACUAGAACGACGUUUACAGAAUGAAGGAAAAGAUUUAAAAUUGGUUGAUGCACCUGUUUCUGGGGGUGUUAAAAGAGCCUCUAUGGGUGAACUUACAAUAAUGGCCGCAGGUUCAGAUGAUGCUCUUAAAAGUGCAGGUCUUGUCCUCUCAGCAUUAAGUGAGAAGCUCUAUGUUAUCAAAGGGGGUUGUGGGGCAGGAAGUGGAGUAAAGAUGGUUAAUCAAUUGCUUGCCGGAGUUCAUAUAGCAGCAUCAGCUGAGGCAAUGGCUUUUGGGGCCCGAUUACGUCUUAACUCAAGAAUAUUGUUUGAUAUCAUCAGCAAUAGUGGGGCAACAUCCUGGAUGUUUGAAAAUCGUGUUCCGCAUAUGUUAGACGAUGACUAUACCCCUUACUCUGCUCUUGAUAUCUUUGUGAAGGAUCUGGGUAUUGUUGCUCGCGAAUGCUCAGCUCAUAAAGUUCCACUCCAUAUUUCAACCAUUGCACACCAACUCUUUAUUGCAGGAUCUGCUGCUGGCUGGGGUCGACAGGAUGAUGCUGGUGUGGUAAAGGUAUAUGAAACCCUCACAGGUGUUAAAGUUGAAGGAAAACUUCGAGCUCUUAAGAAGGAAGUUGUCUUUCAAAGUCUUCCGCCUGAGUGGCCAGCGGAUCCUAUCAAUGACAUACAUAUGCUAAACCAGAAAAAUUCAAAAACACUGGUUGUUCUUGAUGAUGAUCCAACUGGAACACAAACUGUUCAUGAUGUUGAGGUAUUAACUGAAUGGAGUAUUGAAUCGCUCGUUGAACAGUUCAGGAAAAAGCCUAUAUGCUUCUAUAUUUUGACCAACUCCAGAGCACUAAGCUCUGAGAAGGCAACUGAACUGAUCAAAGAUAUAUGCAGCAAUCUUUUCUCUGCGGCAAAAUCAGUUGAGCAUAUUGAUUACACAGUAGUUCUGAGAGGUGAUUCGACUUUACGAGGUCAUUUUCCAGAGGAACCAGAUGCAGCUGUUUCAGUACUAGGUCAGGUGGAUGCUUGGAUUCUAUGCCCCUUCUUUCUCCAAGGAGGCCGCUUUACCAUUGAUGAUAUACACUAUGUUGCAGAUUCUGAUUGGCUUGUUCCUGCUGGAGACACAGAGUUUGCUAAAGAUGCUUCCUUUGGCUAUAAAUCUUCAAACCUUAAAGAGUGGGUGGAGGAGAAAACAGCAGGACGAAUUCCAGCUGGCAGUGUUGCAUCUAUUUCUAUCCAACUUUUAAGAAAAGGUGGACCAGGUGCAGUUUGCAAGCUUCUUUGCGGUUUGGAUAAGGGAUCGACAUGCAUAGUAAAUGCAGUUAGUGAACGAGACAUGGCUGUAUUUGCUGAUGGAAUGAUCCAGGCGGAAUUGAAAGGAAAAUCUUUCUUAUGCCGUUCUGCAGCGAGCUUUGUUUCUGCUCGCAUUGGAAUUAUCCCAAAAGCUCCAAUCCUGCCAAAGGAUCUAGGAUUAAGUAAAGAGAGAAGUGGUGGACUCAUAGUUGUGGGUUCAUAUGUUCCGAAAACAACAAAACAGGUUGAAGAGCUUCAGUCACAAUAUGGACAUAUGUUGAAAAGCAUUGAGGUUUCUGUUCACAAAGUUGCUAUGAAGUCAUCAGAAGAAAGGAAGGAGGAAAUUAAUAAAACUGCAGAGAUGGCUUCUGUGUUUCUUGCAGCUCGGAAAGAUACUCUGAUAAUGAGCAGCAGAGAACUCAUCACUGGAAAAACUGCUUCUGAGAGUUUAGAGAUCAACUUCAAAGUGAGCUCUGCACUGGUUGAAGUAGUCAGGCUGAUAACUACAAGACCUCGUUAUAUUCUGGCCAAGGGUGGAAUCACCUCAUCAGACCUUGCUACAAAAGCUCUCGAAGCAAAAUGUGCCAAAGUAGUCGGACAGGCCCUAGCCGGAGUCCCUUUGUGGGAGCUAGGGCCUGAAAGUAGACAUCCCGGAGUUCCCUACAUUGUUUUCCCUGGUAAUGUUGGCGACAGCAAAGCACUAGCAGAAGUUGUGAGAUCUUGGGCUCGCCCACUCAGACUUUCAUCAACAAAGGAGAUCCUAAGUAAUGCUGAAAUGGGUGGCUAUGCUGUUGGAGCCUUCAAUGUCUAUAACAUGGAAGGAGUCGAGGCUGUAGUAGCAGCUGCAAAGCAAGAACGUAGUCCAGCUAUUUUACAGGUUCAUCCUGCUGCGUUUAAGCAAGGAGGGCUUACAUUGGUUGCGUGUUGUAUAUCUGCUGCAGAACAGGCCAGCGUUCCCAUCACUGUUCACUUUGACCAUGGUACUUCAAAGAAAGAACUGUUGGAAUCUCUUGAGCUGGGCUUUGAUUCAGUAAUGGUGGAUGCUUCACAUCUUCCCUUCAAGGAUAAUAUUUCAUACACAAAGCACAUAUCAAACUUGGCCCACUUAAAGGAUAUGCUUGUGGAGGCAGAACUUGGAAGAUUGUCUGGAAUUGAAGAUGAUUUGACUGUUGAAGAUUAUGAAGCAAAGCUGACUGAUGUUAAUCAGGCUCAAGCAUUCAUAGAUGAGACUGGGAUAGAUGCCUUGGCAGUAUGCAUUGGGAAUGUGCAUGGAAAAUAUCCAGCAAGUGGCCCAAAUCUCAAACUUGAUUUGCUUAAGGAUCUAUAUGCCCUAAGUUCAAAGAAAGGAGUUUUUCUUGUGCUGCAUGGAGCCUCUGGUUUGUCCAAGGAACUAGUGAAGGGUUGCAUAGACCGCGGUGUGAGGAAGUUCAACGUGAACACGGAGGUACGAAAAGCUUACAUGGAAUCCCUGAACAGUCCGAAGGGAGAUCUAGUGCAUGUAAUGGCUUCUGCUAUAGAAGCCAUGAAAGCUGUGGUUGCUGAGAAGAUGCAUCUAUUCGGUUCUGCUGGAAAAGCCUAAUGGUUUGGGGGUUAACCAGCUGUGAUCAUUGAUCCUGCAAAAUUUGGUUUAACAUAUUAUGACCCUUUUGUGCAUUAAAAACAUCAUAUUAUUCAUUUCCUUUUGGAAACAAAUAAAUGGGCAAACUGUUGUUAAGAACGGGUUAGGCCAUAAGGCUUAAACAAUAAGAAAAAAGAACCAGGUUGAUGAA